AUGGCUUAUAGGAUUAAAGUUGUAACUGAAAAAUAUAACAAAUUAGUCGAAUUAUGUAGCACACGGACCUUCUCUAACACCAGCAGUAAUACUACAAAGAAGCCAGCAGCCGCGGUUGAUGAUUCCGAUAAGAUUAUUGGAAGGGAAAAGGAUAUAUCAAAAUUAGUAGAUUUGUUGAUCACACCAUCAAAUGAUUCUGCUGAAAAUUUAUCAGUCGUACCAAUAGUGGGUAUGGGGGGACUUGGGAAAACAAAACUAGCUCGAUCAGUCUACAAUGAUGAAUCUGUUAUCGCAUAUUUUGAACUCAGAAUAUGGGUUUCAUUAUCUGCUAAUUUUAAUGCAAGAGAGAUUUUAAGAAAGAUCAUAGGAUACAUUGAUAAUAAUGCUAAAUGGGAUUAUAGAAAUCCUGAUCCAAUGGCCGCACAAGUUCAGAAAAUGUUGAGUGGGAAGAAGUAUCUGCUAGUACUUGACGACUUGUGGAAAAACCUAAAAUCCAUUUUGAUGUGGUUCUCACGGAAAGGUUACGAGAUCGAUAGAGAAGAGAUAAUUCAAUUAUGGAUGGCCGAAGGCUUUCUUGUACCAUCUAGUAGACAAAGAGGGAGAGAAGUGUCAAUGGAAGAUAUUGGAAAUGAAUAUUUUAACAAGUUGCUGUCUGACACUUUAUUCCAAAGUGCAGAAAAUAAGGAUAAUUUGGAUGACAUUCAGAAGUGUAAGCUGAACCAUCUUGUACAUUAUGUAGCACGUACUGUUGCUGGAAAUGCUGGGUGCUCAACUUUAAGAGCCAACGAGGUAGUAAGUUUUUCUGAAAUUCGACGUUUGCAUUUAGUUUUUGAUGAAGAUAUGCCGAGAAGGUUUCCAGAGGUUGGUAUUUAUAAACAUAGAUUACGCUCAUUAGUUGCCCUUGAAGUAGGAGACUGUGAUAAGAUUCAAGAUGUUUUUCAGAAUAAGAAUUUGUGCGUAUUAUAUUUGAGUGGUUCGACGAUUCAGAAAGUACCGGCUUCGCUUUCAAAGUUGAGACAUUUAAGAUAUCUUAACCUUUCGAGCAGUCAGAAUCUUGAUGUAUCGGAUGAUCAGUCUGUCAAUAGUCUCUAUAAUUUGCAAACAAUAAAAGUAUUGCCUAUUUCAGUGACUAGUCUCCAGAACUUGCGAACAUUGGAUGUCUCUAAUUGCACAAAUUUUGAAGGUUUACCUGAAAACAUUGGAGCUUUGAAAGAUCUUCGGAGCCGUAAUCUUUCACAUACAGGAAUAAAAAUAUUACCUACUUCAGUUACUAGUCUCCAAAACUUGCGAGAAUUAGAUGUCUCUAAUUGCGCAGAUUUUGAAGGGUUACCUGAAAACAUUGGAGCUUUGAAAGAUCUACGGAGCCUUGAUAUUUCACAUACAAAGGUAAAAGUAGUACCGGAGUUUCUUUCUUAA